AUGAGCUGUAGAGGCAGAGGACACGGAAGGGGAAGGGGUCAUCAUGAGCAUCCUGGUGGUCAUCAUGAACAUCAUGAACAUCAUGAACAUCAUGAGCAUCAUGGACAUCGUGGACAUCAUGGGCAUCAUGGACAACGUGGAAUUCCUGGUCAUCGUGGCCAUCUUGGUCAUCAUGAAUUCGGCCCUCACAUGGGGCAGAUGUUUCAGGAAAGCGAAACAUUUCCAUUUAUGGAGCAUGUGGAAAUUACCAUCCCAGCUGAAGUUUCAAAACCACUCAUUCAGCCUCUAAUACCCUAUGUUGGACCAAUAACUGGAGGUAUAAAACCAGGGAUGCGACUGCAUGUUGUAGGAACUGUUCCUGCUAAUGCCCAACAGUUUCAAAUCAACUUCAAAACUGGGGUAAAAGAUUCGGAUGAUGUCGCUUUCCAUUUCAACCCCCGGUUUGGUCAGUACGUAUACAUGAACAUCUUCAGGAAAGGGGCAUGGCAGAAGGAAGAAUUAGGUCCUGAUAAGCCCUUUGUGAAGGGGUCACCCUUUAAAUUGUUGUUUAUCAUCAAUAAGGAUAACUAUGAGGUCCAUGUGAACGGAUCACACAUCUACACAUUCAGUCACCGAAUUCCUCUUGAAAGCGUCACUACCCUGGCAAUAUUAGGAGACAUUUUAAUAUUUUGGUUGGGUUUUGAAAAUUUGACCCAAACAGUCACGAGCACCUUUACCAUCUCAUCUGAAGUUUCAAAUCCAAUUCUCCAGCCUAAAAUUCCCUAUGCUGGACCAAUAUCUGGAGGUAUAAAAUCAGGAAUGCGACUGCAUGUUGAAGGAACUGUUCCUGCUAAUGCCCAACAGUUUCAAAUAAACUUCAAAACUGGGUUAAAAGAUUCGGAUGAUGUCGCUUUCCAUUUCAACCCCCGGUUUGGUCAGUGCGUAUACAUGAACAUCUUCAGGAAAGGGGCAUGGCAGAAGGAAGAAUUGGGUCCUGUUACGCCCUUUGUGAAGGGGUCAAACUUCAAAUUGCUGUUUAUCAUCAAUAAGGAUAACUAUGAGGUCCAUGUGAAUGGAACACCUCUCUACAGGUUCAAUCACCGAAUUCCUAUAGAAAGUGUUACUACUUUGGCAGUAUUGGGAGAUGUUUUAAUCUACUGGAUGGGAUUUGAAAAAUGGGCAGCUGCUUCUUUGUUCAAAGAAAGCAAAGUUAUACUGAUGGGGAUCGGACUCCAGGCAUUCAUCCCAUUAGAGGUUUAUUAUCCAAUCACCAACCCAGCAAUUCCCUAUGUUGGUCAAAUCCCAGGAGAGAUAAAAAAGGAUUUUGCUGUAGUUUUUCAAGGGACUGUUCCUGCAGAUUCAAAAGGCUUUGAGAUAAAUUUCAAAACGGGGCCAGCAGAAGGUGAUGACAUCGCUUUUCACUACAACCCUCGCAUUGGUAAUUAUACUGCUAUGAACACCCUCCAAAGCGGAUGCUGGUUAAAGCAGGAAAAUGGACCUGACAAACCCUUCACCAGGGGAGGUGGAUUCAUUAUUCUUUUCAUCAUUAAUGCUGAGGGCUAUGAGGUCUAUGUGAAUGGCUUUAAGCAGUGCACAUUCAAGCACCGCAUUCCUCUAGAGAAGAUUUCUACAUUGAACAUUCGUGGAAAUGUUUCCAUCCACGUCUGUGGUUUUAUUGAUGGCUGGAGCACUACUUCAACCUUUACAGAACUAAAGAAAAUCACAGCCACACAGACGUCAACAUCGUGUGCAACAUCCAUGCCUUUCGAGAUUUCACAUUCAAUCAGUAACCCUAAACUUCCCUAUGUUGGUAAAAUCCCAGGAGGGUUUAAACAAGACAUGGCUGUAUUCUUACAAGGGACUCUUCCUGCUGAGGCGAAGAGCUUUGAAAUGAAUUUUAAAACUGGAACAUCUGAUGCUGAUGACACCGCUUUUCACUACAAACCUUGCAUUGGUGAUCGUACCGUCCUGAACUCCUGCAGAAGUGGAAGCUGGGAAACAGAGGAAUCUGCUACUGAUAAACCCUUCACCAAGGGAGGAGUCUACCAGAUAUUUGUUGCCAUUAAAUCAGACGGCUAUGAGGUCUACACAAACAGUGUAAAACACUGUACAUUUAAGCAUCGUAUUCCUCUGGAGAAAGUUUCAGCGAUUACUUUUAAUGGUGAUAUUUCCUCCCUACUCUGUGGGUUUAUUCAAAAAUGGACGUGUCCUUCUUUGUUCAUUAAAGAGAAGAGAUCUGUACUGAUGGGAAGUGGAAGCUCAACAUUUAUCCCAUUAGAGAUUUCUAAUCCAGUCAGCAACCCAGCAGUUCCCUAUGUGGGUGAAAUUGCAGGAGGAAUAAAACAAGAUGUAGCUCUAGUUUUCCAAGGAACUGUUCCAGCGGAUGCAAAGAGCUUUGAAAUAAAUUUCAAAACGGGGCCAGCCGAUGGUGAUGACAUCGCUUUUCACUACAAGCCUGUUUUCGGGGCAAAUACCGCCCUGAACAGCUUCAGAAAUGGAAACUGGGAGAAGAUGGAAACUGCACCUGUUAAAAACUUCACCCAGGGAGGAGCCUUUAUCAUUCUUUUCGUCAUCAACGCUGAGGGCUAUGAGGUCUAUGUGAAUGGCUUCAAGCAUUGCACAUUCAAGCAUCGCAUUCCUCUAGAUAAAGUUUCUACAUUUAACGUUCGUGGAGAUGUUUCCCUGCAAGUCUGUGGUUUAAUUGAUGGCUGGAGCACUACCCCAUCCUUUACAGAACUAAAGAAAAUCACAGCCACACAGACCUCAACCUCGUGUGUAACAUCCAUGCCUUUAGAGAUUUCACAUCCAAUCAGUAACCCAAAACUUCCCUAUGUUGGUAAAAUCCCAGGAGGGUUUAAACAAAACAUGGCUGUAUUCUUACAAGGGACUCUUCCUGCUGAGGCGAAGAGCUUUGAAAUGAAUUUUAAAACUGGAACAUCUGAUGCUGAUGACACCGCUUUUCACUACAAACCUUGCAUUGGUGAUCGUACCGUCCUGAACUCCUGCAGAAGUGGAAGCUGGGAAACAGAGGAAUCUGCUACUGAUAAACCCUUCACCAAGGGAGGAGUCUUCCAGAUAUUUGUUGCUAUUAAAUCAGACGGCUAUGAGGUCUACACAAACGGUUUAAAACACUGUACAUUUAAGCAUCGUAUUCCUCUGGAAAAAGUUUCAGCGAUUACUUUUAAUGGUGAUAUUUCCUCCCUCCUCUGUGGGUUUAUUCAAAAAUGGACGUGUCCUUCUUUGUUCAUUAAAGAGAAGAGAUCUGUACUGAUGGGAAGUGGAAGCUCAACAUUUAUCCCAUUAGAGAUUUCUAAUCCAGUCAGCAACCCAGCAGUUCCCUAUGUGGGUGAAAUUGCAGGAGGAAUAAAACAAGAUGUAGCUCUAGUUUUCCAAGGAACUGUUCCUGCCGAUGCAAAGAGCUUUGAAAUAAAUUUCAAAACGGGGCCAGCCGAUGGUGAUGACAUCGCUUUUCACUACAAGCCUGUUUUCGGG